UUUCAUCACCAAUCCGCCGAAUAGUAGAACAAUUGAAAAAUUCCUAAUACAAGUAUUUUUAUGGCCAAAAGUAGGUACAGCUCUACUUCUAGACCAUUACCAAUAUGUUAUAAAUUUUUCUUAAGAAUAUUUUGUCGUGCGGUUAUUUUGUCUGUGGAUAUGUAGUCGUAGCACUAUUUUACUUUUCUGCCUUGGUGUGUAGUGUGCUAUUACUUAAAAAAAGUAAACUACAUAUAAAGCAUUUCAUGUCAAAUUUCAUUGUUUGAUAUGUUGUAGUACCCAUCAAAAAACACUUCCUGACAAGGUUUGAAAUUUUUUCGAAAAAACUCAAAUUUAAUUGGCAAAAACGGUAAAAAUUUUCGAUUUUUCAAAAGUUCUCGACAGUAUGAAAGUUCAAAAAAAGUUGAAAAUUUUCCUUAAAUUCCAAAAUUCAACCGGUCCAACACUUUUUUUUGCACGGAUACAAAAACUUUAUGUCUAUUUAAAAUAUUUUCGUGAUAAUCAAGCAGAAGAAUAAAUUUUUUACAUACAAAAUUUGAAUAAAAAGUACUCUAUAUUUCAUUACAUUUUUCACAUACAAAAUUUGAUAUAAAAUAUAUAUUACCAAAAGAUAAAAUUUAUUUUUAAAACAUUUGGAAUUUUAAAUAACACAUAUUAAAAAAGUAGUAAAAUAUGGUCCAAGUUUUUUUAAUACUACCACGUUUACAUUUUGAAUUGCUGUUACGCUUGCGCACAAUUUUAAUGCGAAUUCUAACCUGCAAAUUUAAAAGCACUUACAAAACUAACAAUCUCGGUAAAUUUUCAUGCAUACCUGCGUGCUAUGAAAAGUAUUUGUUAUUAAAAAAAUAACACACAGAAUUAAAUAAUAACAUUGAUAACUAUAUUAAAACAUAAAUAAAUAACAAUGGCAGAAGUUGCAAGAAUAUUUAAUUCAUUUCAAGAUUAUUUAAACUAUGAACAAGAAUUACGUGAGGAAAUACGUGUUAUCGUAAGAAAACUCGAAAAGUGUUCUCGAGAUAUUUUGAUGGUUUUACAAAAUAUCCACAAUGAAAAUCCAAUGGAAGAAGACAUUAUUGUAUCACAGUAUUGUGCAAAAGCAAGAGAACAUUUUGAAACUGUUCGUCAGUAUUAUGGUGAAUUAGAAAAAUUGGUUCCAAAUGAUCAAUAUUAUCGAUUUCAUGAUCAAUGGCGUUAUGUUACACAAAGAUUAUGUUUUCUAGUAUCUUUAAUCAUUUAUCUAGAGGUCAAAACACUUGUUACCAAAGAGACAGUAGCUGAGUUUCUUGGAAUCAAAAGCAACCGUGAAGAAGGUUUUCAUUUAGAUAUCGAAGAAUUUCUUAUGGGUCUACUUGAAUUAUCUGCUGAAUUAACACGUUUUGCAGUAAACAGUGUAACAUGUGGUGAUUACAAUCGACCAAUUGAGAUCGCUCGUUUUGUAAAUGAGUUGAAUGCUGGUUUUCGAUUGUUAAAUUUAAAGAACGACAAUUUAAGAAAACGUUUCGAUGCUUUGAAGUAUGACGUCAAGAAAAUUGAAGAAGUCGUUUAUGAUUUAAGUAUUCGGGGAUUGAAGCCAACUGGUCAACCAACUCCACAGGUUCAAUAAGUUAAAAACUGUUCAUUACAUCGUUCUAUUUUUCCAUAUUUUUCUUUACUUAAUAACUUUCUUAUAUUAUAUUAAUAUUUAUAUUACAAAAAUUUAAUGAAAUUUAAUUUCUUAUAAUUAUUUAAUUUAAAAAAAAAAAAACAGAUGAUAAGAUCAUUACUUCAUUUCAACUAUACUUUUUACUUUUUCAUAAGUAAUAUAAAUAUUUAAGUAUAUAAUACUGAUAAAAUAAGUGAUACAAUAUUUGAUACAUUAAUAAAAAAUAAAAUUAAUAUUCAAUAA